CAGCCGCCUCCUGCCCCUGGCAGCUUAGCGAGGCAGCAGCGGGAGGAGGAGCCCUGCGAAGCAGCGGCCCAGCCCAGGCGGGGGAAGCGAGGGCUCGGCUCGGAGCAGCAGAGAGGCCAGAGCAGAAAAUGGUCGUUUGGGGCUUGGUGCAAAGGCGAAGCUGCUAGGAAGAGCCGAGCCGAGCCGGAGCCCCGUGCAAGGGGGCGGGGAGCUCCCCGCGCCGCGCCGCCUCCCCAGUCCAGCCAGCCGGGCUGCAGCACUUGAGCUGCCGGCCGCAGUGACUCGUGCAUGACCCACAGCAGCAGGACUGAGCGGAGCGCCCGCCCCGGCAGCAUGCAGCAGGACUGAGGGGGCGCAGCCCGGCAGCCGCUGCUGCUCUGUGCUCUUCGCUUCCUCCGUGCCUGGGCUCUGCCGGCUGAGGGAUCCCGCAGGAAAAUGGAGCCGUUCCCCCACGAUCGAAUUCAGUUACCCAGGAAUAUGAUUGAAAACAGCAUGUUUGAGGAAGAACCUGAUGUGGUUGACUUGGCAAAGGAGCCUUGCUUGCAUCCAUUGGAGCCUGAUGAAGUGGAGUAUGAGCCAAGAAGUUCACGACUACUGGUGCGUGGCCUUGGAGAGAAUGAAAUGGAUGAGGAUGAAGAGGAUUAUGAAUCAUCAGCGAAAUUGCUGGGCAUGUCCUUCAUGAACAGAAGCGCAGGUCUCCGUAAUAAUGCAUCUGGCUAUAGACAGAGCUCAGAUGGAUCAUGCUCAGUGCCCUCUUUAAGGACCAUGGUGGUUUGUGCAGUUGUUCUUCUGAUUGCAGUUUCAGUAAUAAUGGUGAUCUACCUUCUUCCCAAAUGUACCUUUACCAAAGAAGGCUGCCAUAAAAAGAACCAUACAAUGGAACUGAUAUAUCCUCUAGCAACUAAUGGAAAGAGAUUUCCAUGGGCAAAAACCAGGCUUCCCAGUAAUGUUGUACCACUACACUAUGAUCUCAUCUUGCAGCCAAACCUAACAACUACAAAGUUUGCAGGUUCUGUACAGAUAACUCUUAAUGUCAUCCAGGUCACUUGGAAUAUCAUACUUCAUAGCUCAGGACUUAAUAUCACCAAGGCAACUCUGACUUCAGCAGGUUGGAAUCAGGCAAAACCAGUUGAAGUCCUGGAAUAUCCAGUGCGUGAUCAGAUUGCAGUUGUGGCUCCUGAUGCUCUACUUGUUGGGCAGAACUACACCCUCAGCAUAGACUAUUCAUCUAAUUUAUCAGAUACCUAUUAUGGGUUUUACAAAGUCUCCUACAAGGAUGAACAUGCUAAUAAAAGUUGGCUUGCAGCAACUCAGUUUGAGCCUCUUGCUGCAAGGUCCGCUUUUCCCUGUUUUGAUGAACCAGCAUUUAAAGCCACUUUUCUAAUUAAGAUCAAGAGAGAUGAACAGCACUCCACUCUGUCAAACAUGCCAAAGAAUGUAACCAUCCCUGUGGCAGCUGGAAUAGUUCAAGAUGAGUUCUCUGUGAGUUUGAAGAUGAGUACUUACCUGGUAGCGUUCAUUGUGGCAAAUCUGAAGAAUAUCAGUAAGGAGACUAAUAGGACUCUGGUAUCUAUAUAUGCCUUGCCACAGAAGCUAGGCCAAGUUGAGUAUGCCCUAGACACAGCAGUGACGCUCCUGGACUUUUAUCAGAAGUAUUUUCAUAUAGAGUAUCCUCUUCAAAAAUUAGAUUUAGUAGCUAUUCCUGAUUUCCAGGCAGGCGCUAUGGAAAACUGGGGUUUAAUCACCUUUAGAGAGACAACACUCCUUUAUGAUGAUAAAACGUCUUCAGCAAUGGAUAAAAAGCUGGUAACUGCUGUGAUCGCUCAUGAGCUGGCUCAUCAGUGGUUUGGUAAUCUAGUAACUAUGGAAUGGUGGAAUGAUCUUUGGCUGAAUGAAGGAUUUGCCACUUUUAUGGAAUACUUUGCCAUGGAAAAAACUUUCCCAGGGCUGCAGACUGAUGAAGAAUUCCUGAAACUACGAUUCAAGACUAUGAUGAAAGACUCCUUAAAUGCCUCACGUCCAAUCUCCUCUGCUGUCCAGUCUUCAGAGCAGAUUGAAGAAAUGUUUGAUGCGCUUUCCUAUAUCAAGGGAGCUUCCCUUUUGUUGAUGCUGAAAAAGUAUAUCAAACAUGAUAGUUUUCAAGCUGGGAUUGAGAAUUACUUGCAUAAUCACAGCUACAGAUCCACCCGGAGCGAUGAUUUAUGGGAUAGCAUGAAUGAGAUCACAAAUGGAACACUAGAUGUAAAAAAACUGAUGAAAACCUGGAUUCUGCAGAAAGGAUUUCCCUUAGUAACUGUUAAAAGAAAAGGAAAGAGUCUCUAUGUCCAGCAGGAGAGAUUCUUGCGCAGUGUGGAAUCAGAAAAUUGGACGUCAGAUGCAAGUUAUCUGUGGCAUAUUCCUCUCUCCUACACAACUAGCAGUUGCAGCCCUUUCCUCUGUCCUUACGCAUAUUUACUGGACCAGAAGUCAGCUACCAUUGAACUUCAGGAGGAGGUGAAGUGGAUAAAGUUCAAUGUGGACAUGAAUGGGUACUAUAUAGUGCACUAUGCUGAAGAUGACUGGAAUACUCUCAUUAACCUGCUGAGGACAGAUCCCUUUGCUCUGAGUACCAAAGACCGAGCUCACCUGAUCAACAAUAUCUUCAGUCUUGUGGGUAUAGGAAAGGUGUCUCUGUUGAAGGCCUUUCAUCUGCUUGAUUACCUAGUGAAAGAGAACUACACUGCACCAAUCAGUCAAGCUCUGUUCCAACUGAGUCUCAUCUAUGACCUCGUAGAAAAAAGAGGAAUGCCGAAUCUUGCAGCAAGAGUAGUGGACAGAGUUGAAAAGCUACUUGGAAGCAAAAUUGAUCAACAGACUUGGACUGAUAAUGGGACCUUAUCUGAACGAGAGUUCCGGUCUACUGUGCUAGCCUUUGCCUGCUCCCAUCACUUGGGAAACUGUAGCACCACGGCCACCAAGCUGUUUAACGAAUGGAAGGCUUCCAAUGGCACAAAGAGUCUGCCUACUGAUGUUAUGAAGACUGUAUUCACAGCAGGAGCAAAAACUGAUGAUGGCUGGGAGUUCCUUUUAAGCAUGUACACAUCUUCAGUUUCUGAAGCUGAGAAGCACAAAAUGCUUGAAGCUCUAGCCAGCACAGAAGAUGUUAGAAAACUGAUCUGGUUAAUGCAAACAAGCCUGGAGGGAGACCUCAUCAGGGUACAGGAACUUUCGCAUAUCAUAACAACUGUCAGCCAAAGUCUGCCUGGGCACUUGUUGGCCUGGGACUUUAUCAAAGAGAACUGGGAAAAGCUUAUACGGAAAUUCCACUUGGGGUCAUUUGCUAUCCAGAAUAUAGUUACUGUGUCAACCUUUCAGUUUUCAACAGAGGCCCAUCUACUUGAGGUUAAAACUUUCUUUGAGUCCAAGUCAGAGAAGAUUUCUCAACUUCGCUGUGUCAAAGAGGCUAUUGAGACAAUUCAGCUGAAUAUUAAGUGGAUGGAGAGGAACUUAGCGACGCUGCAGCAAUGGCUGUAGAGAACACAAUGCCUCUGUGUGUGUGUGUGUGUGUGUGUGUGUGUGUGUUAGACAUUAAGAGAGCUUGUGAACUGUUGCUUUUGCAAAGGCCAGGGUGAAACCAGGCAUCGCUGCAACAUUGUUUGCACUAUUAGGGGUUCUAGUUAGCUCAGGGCACAUCUCACUUAAGUUUGUUUUUCUUUUGGUCAUUUGUGGGCCAGAUGUAGAUAUUUAUUUAUUCUGGAACUGUGUUCAUUUAUAGACCAAACAGCUGCAUAAAUAACUAAUAAGUACAGUAAUUUUAUAUUUGAAACACCCUGUCAUUUGAAAUCCUGUCCUAUUGUUCUCAACACUGGGUAAGUAUUGAAAAAGAGAGCAACAAAGGAAAAAACUGCCAUGAGAGAUGCUUUUUCUUUGCAGAGCGCUGGCUAAUCAGUGUUCUUUAUGCAAAACUGUUGGUAGCUUUGGGUUUAGCUUUUGAUGAUCAAAAUGUUUUUUCUAGACGUUCUAAAAACAUAAGAAUAUACAGCUAUUAUUAUUAUAUGUAUUUUUGUCUAUUAAGUGGCCAGGUGCUACUGAUACUAUAUAAAAAGAAAACAGCCAAAUAGCAAAUAUGAAUGUUUUAGGAGGGGAGAGAUUUUCAGAAGCAUCUCAGUGACUUGGGAGCACAUGACCCACUGAAAGUCAGUGAGGAGUGUGCUCCUAACUCAUUAGGCACUUUUAAGGAUCAAACGUUCAAUUGCCAGACUGUAUUUAUUAAUAUUGUUUUGUUGAUGUCUGAGCAACAGUGCCCCUCCACACCACCCCAAAAUGCCAUAGAGAAGUUGCUCCAGACUAGUUCUGAUGGUGGACUGACCCCUGACUGACUACUGAUCCUUUUCACCAUUCCUCUUUGUGGAGGGCCUGCAUUUGGUACAUGUGUGCCAAGCAUUUUGUUUGGGUCUUUAUAUUUUUCACUUAAUUUUUCAGUAUCACUGGUAUGAUUUGUGUACACUGCUUACUCUGUAAUGCUUGCUUGGUGUAACACAGCAGUGGGGAACUUUUUGUCUGUAUUUGGAUGGUAUCAUGCCACAGUUAUUGGGGACAAAGCCUAAAACUUAUUCUGAAAACAAGUGCCCUAAAAUCCGGCAUGAUAGGCUAAAAGGCAGGAUUGCCACAAUACAGUGUGCCUUUUUUCUAAAGCAAUUCUCAUUUAAGGCCCUUUUAGAGGCCUGGUGUAAACAGAGUUGUACCUCCUUAACUAAAGAGAUUAUUUUUAUACCUGUUUAGUUAAAGUGGUGGAAAGAGAGAAUGUGUGAAUAUUCUUAUGCCUAUUUAAAGCUGGCUAACAUCACAUUAGUUUGCAUCAGAAAACUUUCCUGUACAGCCAAACUGAUAUAACAAGUUUUAAGCCACUGUAAGAGAAUCCAAACAAACAAGUUGCAUCAGUUAAUUAAAUGGAUUUAAGUUAAACCAGUGCAAAUUUUGUGCAGAGAGAAGCCCUGAGAAAAAUUUUCUUCAAAAGGUGGGGAGACUAUUUUCAGCCAUAAUCAGGUUUCACUUUGAAUUUGUCACCAUUUUAAUACAGGCUCUGGUUUUUAAAAUUUAUAAUGACUUUCACCUGCAAAUUGUGAUAGUAAUGUGCAAGAGAGGUAGGUAGGUGAUUAGUGAAAACUACCUAGUGAAAAUUAUAGUAUUUGUUGGCUUUUCAUCAGUAGGUAUGUACUAAAUCAUUUGAACUAUGCAGUUUCAUUUCCAUAUUUUGUGCUUCUCUGACAAAAGUUUGGGGAAAAAUUUCCUCAAUUUGCCAGUAGUUUACUUUAAAAAUGAGUUCUGCAGUUCUAACCUUGAAAAGGAAUGUUACUCCUCCUCGGUGCACAAAAAACCCUGUCAGCAAGUGGAAAUGAAUGCAUUUUGCAUGCACUGAAAGUGGAUUUGUACUCCUCCUCAGUAAUUGAAUUAGAUGUAAUCCUAAUUCAUUGUGUUCUCAAAUCACUUGUAUUAACUGCAUUGUGCAGUGAUGUUUUCACCCACCCCCAGUUAAUGUGUUAGUUACAUCUCUGUAUAUUCUUCUCUGUGUGUUUUUUCCUUUUUCCAUUUCCUCGGUCUUUUAAAUUUUUUCCCCAUUGACAACAGCAAAGAUGAUGGAUGUCAAACUUUGUAGAGUGAGAACUAAUAAUAAUCUCCUCCAUUCGAACUCUGGGAUUUUAAGUAUGUUCUACCAUUGAGCUUAAACAUGUUACUGGUAAUGUAGUCUGUAUUAGGAAAUACCACACACUUCCAUUUUAGAGUGCAAAAUAUAGUAAAAACUGAAAAACAGAGUUUGGAAAAUCACGGCUUUAAACCCCUCCCCCCCCAAGGAUUGUUUCAUUUUGCCACCCAGUGAACUGAGUUUUUCACCUUUUUUUAACAUGAUUCAUGUUUUCAAUAUCACUUGUCCUUCUCUGGAGUGCAUAGUAUGUACUUGGGAGCCAGCCCCUAUUGACUUCAAUGAGAAGCUUUUCCUUGACUUCGGUAAGAGUUGGAUCAAGCCCUGAUACUGAAUAGCACUAAGAACCCUCAUCUCUUCCAGAGCUCAGUGGGAAUUGAGGAGAAUUGGCGUGGCUAAGGAUCAAGACACAAGGCAUGUUUUACAUGAACUGAGUGGAUCUUACCAGUUCUUUUGUCUUCCAGUCAAAAGAAACACACACAUUGUAGCAAAACACUUCUUGUUACGAUUCCAUAAUAGUUUACAGGUAAACGUUAUAGAACAAGAGGCUGUGUAAGGCUUGGGCCAUUGUCUUAUUUUCUUUGACAUUUCACGUAUAAAAUUAGCCUAACUGGGGGGGGAUGUGCUAAAGAAUGAGGUUUUUUAGCUUAUCCCUGGAAAACAGCAGUCUGCAUGCUGAUGUAUCUUUGAUUUUAUUAAAAUUGCAAAUUCAUUUAAUUAAUGCUAAAUCCUGCAUUUACUUUGUGAUUCAUGAGUUUUUUGGCUUCUUAAAUUUACUCCAUAGUAUGGAAAGGAUCAGGCUGUGAGGAGAAAAGGAGCCUGAAAUGGAUAAUACGUGGCUGUUUAGAUCUGAUUGUAGCAAUAGUCUGUGCCUUAUGGAUUAUAUUACAGUGACAUGCAAGAUCAUAUUCUACCUAGAGAUUGGAAUAAAAGGAGGCCAUACUUUUUUGCAGUGGGACAGUAAAACUCCUGUUCCAUAGCUGCUAUGUUUUUUUUUUUACUCUUUAGGCUAGAGGUGUUAGUGCUAUUCAUGUUCUAUUGGAGGUCAAUGAUACUUUGUUUCCCACUCCCCACACCCUUUGAGUAGGGUGGCAAUUUGUAGUAGUCCAGAGGCUUUCAGUUUUAGAUAUUAAACCACAAGCACAAUAUUCCAGUUGCAUUCCCAAUCUUGUCCCCCUUCACAUUAACAAAGUAACUCAAAUUCUGAGAGCAAUACUAUAACUCAAGUUCUUGGUCACCUAUUUUAAACCUUAGUUUGCUCUCUUGAAUGUAUCUCUCCAUCCCAGUCAUUGAGCUAAUUUCUUCAAGCACAUGCUCAUCCUCCAAAUGUUCACCUGCCUGCUCGUGGGAAAGCUGAAAACACCAGUCGCUAGAGCAGCCUUCCUCUGAUGCAAACUGUAGGGGCACCGUGAUAACAUGUGGAAAUUGGAGAUAUUGCAAUUUGCCAAAUUUGGAUAUGCACUGUGGAUUCCUUCAUGAAUUGAAAGUAUGUUGCAUAUAGAAUUGUACUUCAGCAUUUACACAAUCUGACAUCUUCUAGUAACUCGGUACAGAAGCAAGGUUGCAUGUGCUUCCAUAAGCAAUGAUACACGUCAUAGUAAGUACUUCAUCACUAUUGAAUUGAAUCCACUCUAAAUUUUAGUUUGUAAAACCCUGCUUUCAUAAAACACCUGCACCUUUUCCUGAACAGCAUUGUCAAUCUGAAGAGCUCACUUUUACUCUAGGAGUGAUAUUAAUUUUGUACCUGGCCAAAGAGAUGGUUUUUGCCAUAGAAAUAUUUACAUUUCACCUGCUCACUGCAUCUUGCAACACUUGAGGCAUUUUAUGUUGGACAUGCAUUGUAAAAGUAAUGCUUUAAGGAACAUGGUAAUGGCCUUCAUUGUGUUGGGGUUUUUUAGUGACCAUAUGCUGCAGGAAGUCUGACUCUUGAAGUGAAUCCUGCAUUAUGAUGGCAUAUCUUUUACUUCUUCUAUAUUAGUUGGAACAUUCCUUUUCCAACAGAUUGGUCUUCUCCUCCCCUGGAAGAUGUUAUCUUUCAUUGCACUCUGAAAUUUAAAAACAAUGCUGCCUCAUUAACCAUACACUUUUGUAUGCAUUUCAUGCAUCUAGGCUUGUAUUUUGGCUUUCUUUGUAUAUUUCUGAAUCAGGUUUCAUGUAGUUAAUUAACUCUAUCACAUAGUAAAUGUUUGUUCUCUCACAUUUGGCUAUACUGUAGAGGAGAAGAAAAUGCUUGAGUAAACUUACUUUUAUAUUAUUUUAUUGGCUUUUUUUAAUUAAGAUGCCACUAAAUGUUGGAAGAUUUCUUUUUUUUUUUUUAAAUGAGGCAUGGAUUCACAUGAUUCCUGGAAAGUUUUAAAAAGAUGUAAUUUACCACAUUAAACUCUUAGGUCAUAUUGCUGAAGAAUUUAAACUUCUAGUUUUUCUGUUUAAACCUGUUGCUGAAGUAGAAAUACAGACUUUUAUUCGUGAUAACUUAGUUUUGAUCAGGCAUCUUUUUUUGAGUUGACCAUGGUGGCAUUUAGCAAAUUGCAGUAAAAUAUUGAGAAAAGAUAGGUGCUUGAAUGGAUUUAAAUGCAUUAAAAUUUGGAUUCUUAUUAAAGAUCAAUAAUGUUUUCUAUUCAACGAAUUAGGGAAUGGAGUAUUUUGAGAGCAAAUUGCAUCAAACUACUGCUAAACUUGCAAUCAGACAAGAGUCCUAUAUUCCAGUCUUUAUGAAGUUAAAUAGUCCAGAAGAAUGAUCCCUUUCAAAUUAUUUUGGAAAAGUUAAAUACUGUAAGGACUUGUAAAGGGAGAACACUUGUCUAUUUCUAAAAUACUUAAAAUACAAGUACAAUGUACAAUCACGUGAGCUUUGGGUGGUGAAAUUCCAGGUUGUACAAUAUUUGCCUUUAGGUGGUGGGGAAAGCGGGUUUGAAAUAGUGUAUGUGUAUAUAUGUGUAAUGCAUACACAUGUGCAGAUCUGUUUUGUUCCAUUUGGAUGGGGUGGGGAGCGUAUUUUCUUUAUAUUUCAGAUAAACUUGUUUGCAUAUAACUGGCACUGACGAAAAGGCAUGUAUACUGCAAACACUGUUGCUUUUGUGAGAUGAAAAUAAAGUAUUUAAAUACAAA